AUGGCUCAAAUUAUUGCUAUCGCAAACCAGAAAGGUGGCGUAGGUAAAACCACGACAGCCGUGAAUUUGGCUGCCUCUUUGGCAGUGUUGAAAAAGCGUGUUUUAUUGGUGGAUAUGGACUCACAGGGUAAUGCUACCAUGGGGUCGGGUAUUCAAAAAAAUGAUUUGUUGUAUUCAGUCACCGAUGUACUUCUGGGUGAAGUACCGAUUGAAACUGCAAUUAGUAAAGCUGAAGUUGGCUAUAAAGUGCUUGGCUCAAAUCGUGAUUUGGCAGGUGUUGAGCUGGCAAUUGCAGAGCAAGAUGGACGUGAGUUUAUUUUGCGUAACGCUUUACAGCAGAUUGAAAAAGACUUUGAUUAUAUUAUUGUUGAUUGUGCACCAAGUUUAAGUUUAAUUACGGUCAAUGCUUUAGCCGCAGUCGAUGCAGUGAUUAUUCCAAUGCAAUGUGAGUAUUAUGCAUUAGAAGGAUUGGCAGAUCUGACCCAGACCAUUGAUAAAAUUCAGCAGGCUUUAAACCCUGAAUUGGAAAUUAUUGGGGUGCUUCGUACCAUGUAUGAUGCGCGUAAUGCACUCACUCGUGAUGUUUCUGCCGAAUUAGAACAGUAUUUUGGUAAGAAACUUUAUGAUACAGUGAUUCCGCGUAAUGUGCGGUUGGCCGAAGCGCCAGCACAUGGAUUACCGAUUAUUUAUUUUGAGAAAAGCUCUAAAGGUGCAAUUGCAUAUUUAAAUUUAGCAGCUGAAAUGUUGAAAAAGAGGUUGGCAAAGGGUCGUGGCUUAGAUGCAUUAUUAGGUUCAAUCCAAAAAGAAAAACUACAACUUGAAGUCCAAGCAUUGGAUCAUGGCCAAUUAAAACAGAUGGAUGUAACCCAAUUAAAACGCGGUGCAUAUCAACCCCGUCGUUUUAUUGGUGAGCAGGAUUUACAAGAACUUGCUGCAUCGAUUAAAAAACAUGGUGUAAUGCAGCCGAUUGUGAUUCGUCCUAUUGAAAAUGACGAAACUCCCUAUGAAAUCAUUGCAGGUGAACGUCGCUGGCGUGCUGCGCAAUUGGCGGGUUUAACUGAAAUCCCUGCAAUUGUACGUGAUUUGACCGAUCAGGUUGCGAUUGCCUUGGCAUUGAUCGAAAAUAUUCAACGUCAAGAUUUAAACCCUGUUGAUCAAGCACUAGCAUUACAACGUUUUCAUGAAGAAUUUGGGCUUAGCCAUCAAGAAAUUGCAGAUACUGUAGGUAAAGCACGCACUACCGUAAGUAAUUUAUUGCGCUUAUUAAGUCUAGAAGAUGAAAUCAAAGAUUUAAUGCAACAAGGUUUAUUAGACAUGGGGCAUGCCCGUGCGAUAUUGACCCUAAAAGCUAAAGAUCAAUUGCAAAUUGCAAAAAUCGUGAUUGAUAAGAGUUUAUCUGUCCGUCAAACCGAGCAAUUGGUGCGUGAUUGGAAUACACCAAAGCAGGAAAAAUCUAAAGAUCCACUUGCGCCAGAUGUACAACAACUGACUCAGAAAUUGUCAGAACGUUUUAGUGCAAGUGUAAAAUUAGACUAUAACAAACAGGGUAAAGGAAAGCUGGUCAUCAGUUAUAACUCUCUUGAUGAGUUAGAUGGAAUUUUAAAUAUCUGUUUACCAGAACAAUAA